AAAGGACGACCAUCAACCAUGGAAGGCCAGCAUCGCGAUCUGUACAUUCCUCGGUUGCCGGAUCACACCCAAGAAGCGGAUUUGCGGUCUCUCUUCCAGCCUUUCGGGCCCAUCCACGGUCUGUCCAUCUUGACCAACAAACGCAAUCCCUCGGAACCCAUUCGUUACGGCUUCAUUCGAUUGGCCUCCGUCGAUCAAAGUGAGGCCGCCUUAGCCCAUUUAAAUGGCUACAUGUUUCACGGGGUUCGCCUUCGCCUCAAAUGGAGCCAAACUCAGGCUCCGGGUCGAGGUUGGCGAUGUCCCGAUCCCCAUUGUGGUACCUUUAAUCCUCUGUCCGGGAUGCGAUGCACCGGAUGUCAGUCUGAACGCAAAUUCGAUACCGAUUAUGCCCCGGGUGCGCUCAAGCCACCGCCGGACUCAAUGGCGGAGAAUCCGGGCCUAAAUCCUGAGCUUCCGGGCCCGCCUCGGGGUCGAGGUCAAAGGGCGCAGGCCCGCCAGGCCUUGAUCUGGGGGGACAGCCCUCGACCCGGAGUGGUCGAAAAUCCAGGGUUGGAUGGUUCUCGCACUAUGUCAGACCACCAUCAGGUGAGACGAGGAUUAGCCGAAGAGUGUCGAACGCUCAGAGAGCUGAAUUUGGAUGCUAAUUUGGGAGCCAUUUUUGUAUUGAGAUGUGAAUUGAGCGAUCUGGCGGAAUCGUCCAAUGCAGAGACGGCUACGAACGAGUUAGAGCCUUAUGGGGAGUUUUUAAAGAAAGCGUUGGACGUGGUGCGAGAAUCGUAUUUCAAGAAAUUUGCCGUCUUGGACACGUCCAAGAAGUUCUAUCAGACGUGUCUCAGUUUGCCUAAUUCGGAUGAUGUCGCUGCCAUGCAAAAUGAUCUGAAGAAAGGUGCGAUCGACACCUUGGCCAAAGUGAUCGGAGAUUAUCUCCAUGCGUUCCCUUCCUUUGAUAUAUUGGAGAUCUUCCCCCAAUUAGAGGCUCACAUCGACGAGCUCAAGACCCGUUGCCAGGUCUCUCGGGUUCAUCCUCGACCCAUGGAUAUGACUCGACAUCCGGUCGAAAUGCCCGCUUGGUUGGGCUCAAAUCCGGACUCUCCCCAAUCCGAUGGUGCAGCCAGGUCAAAGCGCUCCUUGAGCGAAUUUACCCAUGCUCUAGAACAAGUGAUGACCUCUCUCAAAGACGGAUCGCCUCCCCUUGAUGAUCCUCAGUUAUGUGUGAAAGCCAAGGAACUACGAGAAGCCUUGAUAGCUGAAAAGGCCGUAUUGGCCAAACCAGCCGGGAAUCGAGUGGAAGAUAAUCUGCGGACCAUGUUGGAACAUUUCGUUUGGUUGAGAGAGCGAGUUCUCACCUUAUGGGAGCAAUAUUCGUCCACAUUUUUGCUGGCUCAGGAAUUGGAGAACAACCACAAUCAAGUCGUUAUCCAUAAAAGUAAACAUCCUCCCCCCAACAGCCUGGAAUUGAAGGAAGAAACUGACGAACUAGGUACUCUCCAUGAGGAAGUAAGUCCUUUUGAACAGGAAUCCAAAACCACUACCGAAGUCAAUCGUCCGGAAAGUGACGAUAAUUUGUCAGAUAUCGAGGAUGAAGACGACGAUAACGACAAAAAACCCUAACGGAUCUUCGUUUUCCAUCAUGUAACUUACGUAUGUUAUGUAUCCGCAAAUGAUCCAAACGUGUUUUUUUUUUUUGUUUCAGUUCGACUAUCGAAUAAAUCGAGUCAUUAUAUUGAA